AUGUCUUCAUUUGGAACCAUUUUCAAAGUGACCACCUACGGUGAGUCGCACUGCCGCUCGGUUGGAUGUAUUGUGGACGGAGUACCACCAAACAUGAGUCUUACUGAGGAGGACGUCCAACCUCAGUUGUCGAGAAGACGUCCUGGCCAGUCCAAGUUGACUACUCCAAGAAACGAAAAGGACAGAGUUGAGAUUCAAUCUGGAACGGAGUUUGGCAAGACUUUGGGUACUCCUAUUGCGAUGGUUGUGAAGAACGAGGAUCAAAGACCAAAAGAUUACACUGAGAUGGAUGUUUUCCCAAGACCAUCGCAUGCGGAUUUCACCUAUCUUUCUAAAUACGGAGUGAAGGCUUCUUCUGGAGGAGGAAGAUCUUCUGCCAGAGAGACGAUUGGCCGUGUUGCUGCGGGGGCCAUUGCUGAGAAGUUUUUGAAACAAGUUAACGAUGUUGAGAUUGUUGCAUUUGUUUCUGGUGUUGGAGAAUGCCAGAUUGACCGUUCUGUUCAGAAUCCAGAGUUUAUGGAGCUGUUGUCGACUAUUACCAGAGAGAAGGUUGACCAAUCUGGACCUAUUCGCUGUCCUAUUCUCGAAAAGGCCGACGAGAUGACCCGUCUUGUUGUUGAUUGCAAAGAAAGAAACGACUCUGUGGGAGGUAUUGUGACCUGUGUGAUACGAAAUGUUCCUAUUGGUCUUGGAGAGCCGGCUUUCGACAAGCUGGAGGCCAUGCUUGCACAUGCUAUGCUCUCGAUUCCAGCUACCAAGGGAUUUGAGAUUGGGUCUGGAUUCGAAGGAACCAAGAUGAGAGGCUCAGAGCACAAUGAUCCGUUUGUGCAAAAGGGAUCGAAGCUGGGAACCGCGACCAACAACUCUGGAGGAAUCCAGGGAGGUAUUACGAACGGAGAAAACAUCUAUUUCAACAUUGCUUUCAAGCCUCCAGCCACCAUUUCGCAAGAGCAACAAACCUCUAGCUACGAGGGAGACAGCGGUGUUUUGAAGUCCCGUGGAAGACAUGACCCGAACGUUGUUCCUCGUGCCAUUCCAAUCGUGGAGGCCAUGGCUGCGCUGGUUCUUGCUGAUUCUUACUUGAUCCAGAAGUCUAGAGAGUCCACGUUUGGAAGCAACGAGUUGAGCGACGCCUCUUCCGGGAUGAGGUUGAGGGUCGAGUUGGACGCCUCGACCGGUUUCAGGACGGGGAUGUUGGCCAUUGGCGACGGUGGCUGCGGGUCCUCGAACGAGGUCUCUGCUGUGAAGAACGACUGGAUGCUGGACUGGUAUGAGAAGUUGCGUUUGAGCGAGCGGCCCAGCGUCGUGGACAGCGUUGAGAGCGAGCGUUUGAGCGCGGAGACCGGCGGAAUGGCGUCGGUGUCGAUCUGGUGGACCAUGUCCGACUCGAGCUGCCACCGUUUGCGUUUCCACGAGCUGAUGGACAAGUUAUCGCCGUCGUCCGCAGAUGCCACGAUCAGCGUGUCGUACACCACUGCGGCGCCCGCUACCGACGAUAGACUCAGCUGCGAGUCGUUCUGGUUGUUGGUUUUCGAGUUAGCCAGACUCACGCUGGUGUCGAGCGACGUCCAGGCCCAGGUCGACGACGUAACGUCGAGCCGCGCAAAGUUGGGCGUGCUAUUUGACCCGGAGCUCGACUCGCCCCCCACCAUCAGCACAGACUCCACGGAAAAGUCCGUCCUUGAAACUCCAGGACUCGUACUGCCAAACAGCAAGCUGUUUCAGGCUGACCCAGCCUUCCUGGGUCUGGCCCCCGACGAGAACCAUGGUGUUGUGGUUGAUCAGCACGGACGCGGCGUUAUCGAGUCGGCCCGGGCGAGCGUCGCCAGCAUCGCCAGCACAAGAAGAGCCAGUAUCGUCAUGGUGAAAGUUCUGUGCGGCGAAUUUUUGCACGGAAAAAAUAACCCCAGUAUUUACAAAUUGCCCAAACAGGCAACCAGAUUGGCCUCUACAAGUGCUCGAAAUGUUCCAAUAAAUCAGCAUAGCUUGCUCAGACUGCCCGAGCUGCUAGCAACCUUCUCGUUCGCGUCCGCAAGCCGCAGACGCAGAAACUCGGCCUUCUCCAACGACUCGUUGAACCGCGACCGUAUCCACUGCACCAGCUCGUUCAGCUUCGGCGAAGUGGCCGGCUUGGACGAAUUCUGGUGCCACCAGUCGCUCGCAAUCGACAUAGCCUUCGCCAACGACACGGGGUUGUUGGUCGACGACGAAGAUGGGGGCAGCGGAAUCAGCUGGCUCGACUUGACCUCCGCGAAAAGCGAUAUUGCGUGGGCCAUCGUCGCCAGCAGUUCAAGCUGUCUGAUCACUUCAGAGUCCUCGAGCGACGCCUGCCCGGUCUGCAGAGGCCUCAACGUCUUGGUAGCCAGCAGGCUCGCAGAUAUAUUCGUAAGUGCACUAUCUGCGGCAAUCGGCAUCUUGCGGUCUCCUAAACUUGGUCUGCGGUUAGAUCCCAUAGAAGAGGUACGGCUAGAAGGCGAGAAACGACGCUGCGUGAAGGCCCCCAUAGGACCUCCUGAGGCUGGACCGGUCUGGUCCACAUUUCCUGACUUUGGCGUUGAGAUCGCCUCUGCUCCGGUGCCUGCCUUUGCAAGCUCAUCAGCAAUAGCAUUCACCUCCACAGUGCGUUUCUCAACGACAACGUAG